AUGUCUCCUCCGUGCGGGCUAGGGAUCGAUGUGGCAGCACCGUCGCUGCUGGUGGAGAGGGUACUCAAGACGGGAAAGAUGGCACACGAUAUGGAGCGGCGCUGUUGUAUCGGUCGCGAAAACAAGAAAUUGCUCCGGAAGAUCAAUCAAAUCUAUCGUACCAAGGGCUUCCUGGAUGUCGAUUACAGCUUCCGGGUACACCAGAGCCUGCACCAGGACUACCAGGAACGAAUGGCGCGUCGGAUUGAGCGAGAAAAUCCUUCAGUGGGUUCGAUGGAUGGACUUGAAUUGCUCAAUAGUUAUGGUAAUAAGUUUGGUCAAUUGCUUGAACCAAUUCGCUUUGAAGUUGUUCAGAAAAGGCGAAGAUGA